CCGAGACAAAUUAAAUGUAUACACAAUUCGUGACAUAGGACACUGAGGGCCGAGUAUUUUGAGAUGAACAAAUGUUUGGGAACUAAUAUACACUCUCAUUAAACAGAGAUGGCAGCGACAGUGUUAGGGGAUCCCUACCACAUCGGGGGAGCCCCACUGGCGAUGUUGGCCGCACAGUGCAAUAAAUUGGACAGAUGUCCCUCGCCUCUUGGCAACUCAUCACUCAAUAAAGGCUUCCACCCCUGGAAGAGGCCGGUUACAGCAGUGACGGCGCCGGACCCCAUGACUUUCUCAUCACAAAGAAUACCCGGAUUAAACGCAAACAUGUCCGCCUCCGGUUUGAACUACAACCGCGUUCCUAUAACAUCCGUCAGUACGGCUAACGGGAGUAGCGAUUGGUUACAUCAGUCGCCUGCCUCUCAGCAUUCAAACGAUACUCCAUCACCUACCUAUCCCCCCAAAAUGUACUCAGAAAACUGCAUGAGCGGCUCAGUGCUUGGAAACGUAUACUCAAGACUACCAACGUCCAUGAGCGGUCAUCCGUACGACUCUUGGUCUUUGAACUUGACGCAUCACUCCACGGUCAAGGACGUCGGCACUCCGCCAAACACAUCCGCGUCGUGGUGGGACAUGCAUUCUAACCAUAACUCGUGGUACUCAGAGAUACCCGGCUCUACCCCUGGGAUCCACUCCUCUUUACCCCCAAACUACUCCAACACAGACUAUAGUUUGACUCAUUCGUUAGGAUCCUCCAGUAAUCCAUACCUGGCUAGCAAUCAGCAUUUGCUAUCGGAGACGUACAAAAGUAUGUUUCCGUCACAAACUGAUAUCGGUGCUAACUCAAUGAACCAAUUCUUACCAAGACCGGUACUCUCAAAUGUGACAACAUCAUCAAAGUCUCAAAGACGCUUGGCAGGCAGGGCAACAUGUGACUGUCCAAACUGUCAAGAGGCUGAGCGACUUGGACCGGCUGCUGCCCACUUGCGCAAAAAAGCCAUGCAUAGUUGUCACAUUCCCGGAUGUGGCAAAGUCUAUGGAAAAACCUCUCAUCUGAAAGCACAUCUACGAUGGCACACCGGGGAAAGGCCGUUCGUCUGCAACUGGUUGUUCUGCGGGAAGCGCUUCACGCGGUCGGAUGAACUCCAGCGGCAUUUGAGAACGCAUACAGGCGAAAAACGCUUUGCCUGUCCAAUAUGCAACAAACGCUUCAUGAGAAGUGAUCAUUUGAGUAAGCACACCAAGACACAUAACUGUGGUGAUGGCAAAAAGUCGGACUGUAAUUCAGACUCUGAUAACAGCAACGACAAACCAGCGAUAACCCCGGGCGGUGGCAAGAAAUGACCCCAGGGUCAGGGCACCGAGACCCAACCCCCAAAAACCAAAGAUUUCACUAGGAAUUCUGUACCCAACCCCUUAACAUUGCAUACAAAGUAUGCCUUACUUGUGAGGUAAUGACUCCCUCGUUAGUCACAUCGAAGUUAAAUGCUGGUGUCUUCCCGAACAUAUAGUUGCCUACCUUAUCCUGGUGCAAACUUGUUCUGUUACAGUUCAUAUACAUACCUCUGUCUUCAGUGUUUCGACUGGGGAGCGACAAUCAUGAUAUUACUGUGAGGUGUGUUCGAAACAUACAUUGAACGACUUAUUUUUUUUUUAAUUUUUGGCAGACACUCUAGAAACAAUAGUGUAUAAAUGCAUGAAGAAUGUUGAUUAUUGCAGUGAAAGCUAAGGAAAUUUUCAGCAUUUCCUCUAGUGUACUUUCAUUAGCUGACGAAUAUUUACCAUUUGUUUGUUAUAAUUGACGGAUAAUAAAUAAAUUCAAUUUUAAAUAA